GACGAAUGAGAAUCCACCCACCAGUCAGCUGACUGGUCUGGUUGGCGGCCCACGGCCAGCCUUCAUCUCGCCGCCGAUCGACCGGCCCGGCGGUUAUAAAGCCGGCGAGCGCCAGCGGGGGAGGCUGGUUUCCUUUCCUACACGGCCGCGCCGCGCAGCCUCGCCCACGCACGGCACGCCUCCCCGCAGCCCCACCACCCGCAGCGAGCGCGAGGUGGGGUUAUGGGCCGUGCCGCUCGCGCCCACCUCCCCCUCCUCCUCCACUCCUCAACCGCCGCCGCCGCCCCCGCCGCGGCCUCCUUAUUACCCGGCCGCACCCGCCCCGGCUCCUCCUCCCUCUAGGCAGCACCAAUCGCUGGUCCAGUCCGGCAAUCGAGCUCCCCAACCACCAGCACGCCUCGGCCUCCCUCUCCAAAGAGCGCGGCUUCAAUGGCCUGUUCGCGGGCGCGCCUGCUCGGCUCGCCGGCCUCGAUCGCCGUCCUCAUCCUCUCCUUCUUCCAAGGGUCGGUGUGCGGCACCACCUUCAGCUUCACCAACCGGUGCCCCGACACGGUGUGGCCGGGCCUGCUGGCGGGCUCGGGGACGCCGCCGCUUGAGACCACGGGCUUCGCGCUCGCGCCGGGGCAGUCGCGCUCGCUGCCCGCGCCGCAGGGGUGGUCGGGCCGCUUCUGGGGCCGCUCCGGCUGCGACUUCGACGCCUCCGGCAAGGGCUCCUGCGCCACGGGCGACUGCGGCUCCGGCGAGGUCGAGUGCCGCGGCGCGGGGGCGUCCCCGCCCGCCACGCUCGCCGAGUUCACCCUCAACGGCGCCGGCGGCAAGGACUUCUACGACGUCAGCCUCGUCGACGGAUACAACCUGCCCAUGCUCGUCCAGGCCGCCGCGCCGGACUGCCCCGACACCGGCUGCCUCGUCGACCUCAACGAGCGCUGCCCCGACGAGCUCCGCGCCGACGACGGCCGCGCGUGCCGCAGCGCUUGCGAGGCGUUCGGGAGCCCCGAGUACUGCUGCCACGGCGCCUACGGCAACCCCAACACCUGCCACCCCUCCCAGUACUCGCAGCUCUUCAAGUCGGCGUGCCCCAAGUCCUACAGCUACGCCUACGACGACGCCACCUCCACCUUCACCUGCAACCACACCGACUACACCAUCACCUUCUGCCCCAAAUCCACUCCGUCCAGCGAUAAAUCCAAUCACUCAUCACGGAGACCAAGCCAUGAGCAGCUUGAAGAUUCAGUUUGGCUUGCUUCCUUGAAAAAAAGUGACGCCGGCGCUCUGGCAGUGGCUUCAUGGUCGGCGUCCAUUGUGAUCCAAUUUGCCCUGGCAAUUGCUGUGGUGAUCACAAUUGUUGUAUUGGAGCAACCUCUGUUCGGCUUGCUAUGAUUUGGCAAGGUUGCAGUUCUUGAUCCAAGCCUUUUUUUUUUCAGACCGAAAGUGGAUUAGAGAGUAGUGAUGAGCAAUGGGGUAGAGAAUAUUGUGUAGCCUUUUUGUUUGUGGAUAGGUGCUAGAGAAGGAAUUAUGAGUUACAAGUUGGCAAUUGCAGUUUCCAUAAAUGCAUUGCAUUGGUCCAUUGCCCUUCAGAAACAUUGCUCUUUGCAUUAGUAGUAUUCUUUUUGUCCAUCAACUGUUUUUAUUUGGGGGCAUGAUCGAUGUUGCAUGUUGAUCCAGCUGCACCCUGGAAUGAGAAGAAUAUGAGAUCUGAUACUCUGUUGUCAUCAGGUCCCUUUCUCUCUAGUUUGUUCAGCAAGGUGCACAGAAAAAAUAUCGCAAGUAGAUUUUAUACCAUUUGCUUUUGCAGAGGUGUCACUUUGCUUUCUCCUCUGAUGUAGCAAUUGCAAGUUGAAUGAUAAGCAUGUUAGUGA